AUGGAGAAACUACGAAGAGUAGAUGAUGCUGGUGAUAAUCGUUGGGCGGAAUUGCAGGAACGAUUCGUUUCGGAAGCGCGUGAUAAGGAAGCUGAUGUUUUAUUUCUAGGUGAUGAUCAUGUAGCUAUGUUAGAACAAUCAUUAAUAUAUCGAGAAAAUUUAGCCCCACUUCAUUGUUUGUGUUUUGGGGCUUUUGGCGACAAAAUCUCCAAUUUAUCGUGGAGGCUUGAAAAUAAUAUUUUGGAAGGCUUGGAUCCCAAGGUAAUUGUUGUAUCGAUUGGCAAUUCGGAUUUCGAUUUAACUGAGGAAGAGAUGUUAGAGGCCCUGAAAAGUGUCGCUGGAACCAUUCGAAAGCAGAAGCCAUCAGCAAAAUUGUAUUUUAUGAAGCUUCUUCCAUCAGGAAGAAGACCGAACAAACGGCGUGAACUAGUGAAUCGAAUCAAUGAAAGUUUGGAAAAGGUAUUAAAGGGUGUAGCAGAUGUGAUUGAUGUAGAGCCUUCCAUACAAGGUACAAAUGGUCAGAUUGAAUCUCAUUACAUGUUUGAUUAUGUUCAUCUCACUCAAGAAGGUUAUCGGAAAAUCUAUGAGCCGGUUCUAGUCGCCGUAAGCGCUGCGCUUAAUCCAGAUCCAUGA